AUGGCAGCAGGUGCUUAUAAAAAAUCGCCCGCCGAAGAGGCGGCGGAGCGUGCGGCGGAAGAAGUCAACAACAAGAUGCUCAAAUAUACAGCCAUCACCUGGGCCGCCGUCAUAUUAUGCCUGCUCUUCUACCGAUGGGCCAUCUACUUCCUCCAACAUAUCCGUCAACUAGCCAAUCUCAACCACGGCACAUCCUCCGAUGGACGACAACGAUAUUUCAGCAUCCCCGAUUCCAAUUGGGCCAAGAUCAAGCGACAUCUCAUCGUUGCGCCUCUCUUCAACCGCCGACACAAUCGCGAAUUCCGCCUAUCCGCAGCCAUCAAUGUCGGAACUUUGCCCGGGCGCAUGCAGACUCUCUGGCUGGCCGGAUACUUUGCUCUCAACAUCACCUUCACCGUCUGGAAUAUCAACUGGAGCGAUGGGAAGGAAUUCCGGUCUCAAGGACUGUCAAGAAGCGGCAUUCUUGCCGUCCUCAACAUGAUCCCUCUGUUUGUCCUAGCCGGGCGAAACAACCCUCUCAUCUGGCUGCUCGGAAUCUCAUUCGACAACUACAAUCUGAUCCACCGCUGGUGUGGCCGGAUUGUCGUUGUCGAGGCCGUUGCUCACACUGCCUUCUGGAUGUCAGGCAAGCUUAUCACGUUGGGUGCCGACAAGGGCUGGGCGGCCAUGGGCGAGUCCAUGUCUCCCGCCCACGGCGACUUUAUCUUCAGCGGCACCGUCGGGUUUGCCGCCUUUUCCCUGCUGCUCCUGCAAUCGCCUUCCAUUGUGCGGCAUGCUUUCUACGAAAUCUUCCUCCACGUUCACAUCCUCCUCGCCUUGACCGCUGUCGUCGCCGUGUGGAUUCAUCUCAAGGAGAAAGCCGCUCAGACCCUACUCCUUGGCGCCGUAAUCUGCUGGGCAUUGGAACGUCUGAUGCGCGUAUACCUCCUCGUCCGCAACAACUUCUCCAAACGUGGCGUCACCAAAGCCGAGAUUGAAGCCCUCCCCGGCGAUGCUCUUCGCGUCACUCUCCGCACUUCCCGCCCUUGGAAGUUUCGACCUGGCCAACACAUCUACCUCUACAUUCCUUCCAUCGGGAUGUGGACGUCCCACCCUUUCUCCCUGGCCUGGUCUGAGGAAUCGUCCAACGUGUCCGGCGAGAAGGAUCUUCCCAUAUCCCGCCAAGACAUCUUCGCCGCUUCCACAAAAUCCACCUCCCUCAUCAUCCGACGCCGAACCGGCUUUACCAAUACCCUAUACCGCAAAGCCGAAGCCGCCUCCACGGUUGGACCACUCCAAACGACCGCUUUCGUCGAAGGGCCGUAUGGCAACCAAUCCUUCCAGUCAUAUGGUACCGUCAUGCUCUUCGCCGCCGGCGUGGGCAUUACGCAUCAAGUCCCUCACGUCCGGGAUCUCGUCGCAGCGUACGCCAACGGCACCGCUGCAACACGUAAAGUCGUACUCGUCUGGAUCAUCCAAUCGCCCGAACAUCUGGAAUGGAUUCGACCGUGGAUGACCCAAAUCCUCGGCAUGGAGAAACGCCGCGACAUUCUCAAAAUCCUGCUCUUCGUCACACGACCGCGGAGUACCAAGGAAAUCCACUCUCCUAGUGCGAGCGUGCAGAUGUUUCCUGGAAAGCCGGAUGUGUCUGCGCUGAUUGCCAAGGAGCAGGAGCGGCAGGUGGGUGCGAUGGCGAUCAGUGUCUGUGGUACUGGAGGGUUGAGCGAUGAUGUGAGGAAAGGAGCGAGGGAGAGAAUGGCAGAGACGGAGAUUGAUUUCUUUGAGGAGGCUUUCAGUUGGUGA